AUGAACAACUUGCUCAUGCUGUGCAUCUCGCGAUGGUUGAGGGCAUGGGACAAAGCGGGCGACGCAGGAGAAGACGGCACCGUUGCCAUACUUCAUAAUCUUGUCGAGCAUUUCGUGGGCCUGCUCGCGUGGACCGUACAAGGCGAACACGUUGUCCGACAUGUGGUCGACGACCGCCUGGCCAAGGUAGCGGCUCGUGACUUCGUUGACACCAUCGGCGUCAGCGGUCACUUGGAGGCGGCCAAACACGGGUUUGGCUAUGGGCGAGGAUUGCCGGGCUCGUUUGCUCACCGCCAACCCAUCCUUUCUUGCCUCGAACCUACAAGACGACGUCUUGACUGCCGACCUCCUCCGCAACGCUCAAAGCUCCAGUCGACCAUUCAAACACCCACAAGUCCGUUCUACUGCUCCUCGAGUCAUCAACCGACCAUUGAGCAUCGAUUCGAAGACACCCAGCAGUACCAGCGCACCGCCACCGUCAACAUCACACCAACCAUCCGUCAGUUCAUAGACGUCACCAAGCUCUACUCCAACGACCUCAAGUACGAUAAAGAAAAGUAUGACGUCUUCAUGGGGCCUGGCUUCAAAAGCCGCAGGAAGCCAGGCCAGCAGGUGCUCGACGCACUCAUCCAGAGGGUCGCCGUAAUCUGCAACGCAUGUGCCCCUUCGACUCUACGUUCAACAGACGUGACCACCUACUCACCUGUUGCGAUGGUGUUUCAGAGUGCCGAGACGCCCUUCUCUCGCCUGAUCCUAUCUUAG